GCCCAGCUGACCCCCUGGGCUCCCCCGGCAGCGGACAGGGAAGGGUUAAAGACCCCCCCUCCCGGCUCCCUGCCCCCUGCCCUGGGGAACCUCUGGCCUGUGGGGACAUGAACUGUGUUUGUCGCCUGGUCCUGGUGGUGCUCAGCCUCUGGCCAGAUAGAGUUGUUGCCCCUGGGCCACCACCUGGCUCCCCUCGGGUCUCUUCAGACCCUCGCGCAGAUCUGGACAGCGCCGUCCUCCUGACCCGAUCCCUCCUGGCAGACACACGGCAACUAGCUGCACAGAUGAGAGACAAAUUCCCAGCUGAUGGAGACCACAAUCUGGACUCCCUACCUACCUUGGCCAUGAGCGCUGGGACAUUGGGAUCUUUGCAGCUUCCUGGUGUGCUGACAAGGCUUCGAAUAGACUUGAUGUCCUACCUCCGGCAUGUGCAAUGGCUGCGCCGUGCAGGUGGUCCUUCCCUAAAGACUCUGGAGCCAGAGCUGGGUGCCCUGCAAGCCCGACUGGACCGGCUACUUCGUCGUUUACAGCUCUUGAUGUCUCGCCUGGCCUUGCCCCAGGCAACCCCAGACCAACCUGUGGUCCCCCUGGGCCCUCCUGCCUCAGCCUGGGGAAGCAUCCGGGCAGCUCAUGCCAUCUUAGGAGGGCUGCACCUGACCUUGGACUGGGCUGUGAGGGGCCUGCUGUUGUUAAAGACUCGGCUGUGACUCGGGACUGAAAGUCACCAUCGAUACUGUCCUUUAAAGCCAUAUCUUAUUUAUUUAUUUAUUUUGGUACUUGGAGGGGGGGGCAUGAUGAUCAGGGGCAUGCCACGCCCCAAACAACCGCCCCACACCCAGCUAGAUACAGUCCUUCCAGGAGACCUGGGUGCGGGGGGGAUCACCUGUGGCUUAUUUAUACUUAUUUAUUUAAAGAAUUUGGGUGGGGGAGGGAGGGUACAUAUGAGGCCUUGAGGAACAGGGAACUGAGAUCCUCGGUUCUGGGGUCUCUAUGAAGUCUAGUCACAGUGUCUUCCUCACUUCCUACAUUAUUUAUUAAACAAUUACUUUUUAUAUUAAGAGGAGGAGGGAGGGGGAGAAAAGGAAGCCUGGGGUUUUAUACCAAAAUGUGAGUUUUUUUUGUGAGACACGGGGGUGGGGGAGGAUUUAAAUACAUAUCUAUUUAGAGGUUAUUAGCAGGAAUAUGCCAAAGGGAUCUAAGUCUAAACUGGUACCCUAGCACUUCAAAGGUCCUCAACAGAUACUUAACAGAAGGUUCUAGAACAUCACCUUAUAACUGAUAGUACCUGCAAGGUACAGGGUUAUUUAUUUUAGCAAGAUUCACAGCUAAUGGGAAGCAGCCUAGGCUUUCUGGGGGAUGGGCAGACGGGGGAUGGAUGAAUAGAGACACAUCCACAUGAUGGAAUACUAGCUCGCCCGCCAUAAAAAGGCGAGUUCCAGGCAAAGACUGCUUCCGAUGUUGAACAUCCCUGUGACCCGGGAGCAGCAGAUGGUAGGACCACUUUCUAUACAUGAGUAUGGAUUUUUUUUUUUUUUUUUUUGGUUUUCAAAAUGGAAACACCAAAAUGUUGACUACAGCUGCCUCAGGGUUGAAAACAAGAGAUGGCACUAUGGGUGACUGUUAUUGUGUUUGCAUCUUCCAGAGUUUUCACCAUGACUGUAUUUUGCAUGACACAUUUACAAUCAAUAAUAAACAUUAUUUUUAGAAUGACA